AUGUGCUCCAGACAAAGCUCCGGAGGCUGCCAUGGGAUGUCCUCCCAGUCCAGUGGGUGCCACAGCCAGGGCUCUGGUUGCCACAGCUCCUCCAGUUACCAAUCCCAAGGCUCCUCCUGCUGCGGGGGCGGAGAGGGCUCCGGCAAAGUCAUCAUCAGCUCUGGUGGUGGAGGAGGCGGAUCCUGCUGCAGUGGGGGAUCCUCUGGAUAUGGGAUGGGAGGGGGAUAUGGUGGUGGAUCUUCAGGAUCGAAGAGCAUCAUUGUAGGUGGAGGUAGUGGAGGUUCCUCUGGAUGCUGUAGUGGGGGCAGCUAUGGAAUGGGUGGAGGAUAUGGUGGAUCUUCAGGAUCAAAGACCAUCAUUGGAGGGGGAAGCAGUGGAGGUUCCUCUGGAUGUUGCAGUGGAGGAUCCAGCUAUGGGAUGGGUGGAGGAUAUGGUGGAUCUUCAGGAUCAAAGAGCAUCAUAGUAGGCGGAGGUAGUGGAGGUUCCUCUGGAUGUUGCAGUGGAGGAUCCAGCUAUGGGAUGGGUGGAGGAUAUGGUGGAUCUUCAGGAUCAAAGACCAUCAUUGGAGGGGGAAGCAGUGGAGGUUCCUCUGGAUGCUGCAGUGGAGGAUCCAGCUAUGGGAUGGGCGGAGGGUACGGUGGUGGAUCCUCAGGAUCAAAAACCAUCAUUGUAGGUGGAGGUAGUGGAGGUUCCUCUGGAUACUGUGGUGGAGGAUCCAGCUAUGGAAUGGGUGGAGGAUAUGGUGGAUCUUCAGGAUCAAAGACCAUCAUUGGAGGGGGGAGCAGUGGAGGUUCCUCUGGAUGCUGCAGUGGAGGAUCCAGCUAUGGAAUGGGUGGAGGAUAUGGUGGAUCUUCAGGAUCAAAGACCAUCAUUGGAGGGGGAAGCAGUGGAGGUUCCUCUGGAUACUGUGGUGGAGGAUCUUCAGGCUAUGGCAUGGGAGGAGGGUACAGUGGUGGCUCCUCAGGAGGGCAGACCAUCAUUGGAGGUGGAGAAUAUGGUGGAUCCUCUGGAUGCUGCAGUGGAGGAUCCAGCUAUGGGAUGGGAGGAGGAUACGGCGGUGGCUCCUCAGGCCAGACCAUCAUCAUCAGCUCUGGAGGUGGCAGCGGAGGCUCCUCGCAGCAGAAAUGUCCCAUUGUCAUCCCCAGCGUGGUGUCCCACCAGAGCAAGCAGAGCUCCUAUUGGCCCUAUGGCCAGCAGAAGUAA